GAUCGUUUCGUUCAGUUCAAUCGUGCAGUUGGCAAGUGAAGGCUUCAUAAGUGAAAGAGUUCGAUUCUCUUUUAUCUCAAGAGAAGAAAUUGCUGUAAAUCAGGAUUUUUUUCUUGUUUUCCUUGAAUUGAGAUACGAGAAUUACUAUCAUGAGCGAAUUGUCUUGUGAAGAGCUGUUGCAGUAUAUUCCAUCCAUCUCCGAUUUCAAAGAUCUUCGUUCCAGUUACAUCGCUAAUUGUGUGUUAAAUAAUUUCCUCACACAUACCGCCAUUGUGUCAAACAUUGUAACCAUGUUAGCGAUACGCAAAUCAUCGUCCUUGCCGAAUACUUCGAAGACUUUGCUUUUGAGUCUCGCUGCCUCCGAUGUUGGCAUUGGGUUUUUUGUUCAGCCACUUUACACCUCUCUUUUGAUCAACUGGUUGCGACAGAAUAAUCCUGACUGUUAUACUUAUAUGAUUUUUAGGAACAUUGCAUUCUUUUUUGCUAUGUCUUCUUUCUUAAGUGUGGUGGCCGUAAGUGUAGACAGAUUCCUAGCUGUUCAUCUUCAUCUCAGAUACCAGGAGGUUGUGACUCACAAACGUAUUUUCGCUGUGGCGAUCUCAAUAUGGCUGUUAAGUGCAACUGUUCCUUUACUCACAUUAUUGAAUCUGCUCGAUGCACAAAGGUUAAUUCUUUCCCUUUUCGGAAUUGCUGGUAUUCUUCUGACAACAUUGAUUUACAUAAGGAUUUAUUUUGUUGUACGACGCCACAAGAUGCAGAUUCAGUCUUUGCGAGUUCUACAGUCAGAAGAGAGGGCGAAUUUUUCUAGCCUCAUAAGCUCUGCUGUCGGUGUUUUCUACAUAUACGUCUUUAUUAUUGUUUGUUAUGUACCCUUUUUAAUUUCCUUGGAAGCUUUGGGGCCUAACAAUUCAAGUACCUCUAUAAAAAUAUUUUUUCUCUUCUCAUUGACCCUGCUGUAUCUGAAUUCAUCUCUGAACCCUGUAAUUUACUGCUGGAAGAUGAGACACAUUCGACGUACUAUCAUGGACUUACUACGGAACACGCCUUGGACUAAACAUCGUUUAUCUCAACAACAUCAGCAGAUGUUGUUCAGUCCUUCUUGAUGUCAUUUCAUAUAUGAAGCGCCACAUCGCGAAAUUUUAAAACCCUCGUUGGGUUUGGGACAAGCCAGAUUAACUUCAAAAUGUAGAAAAACACAGGCUAUUUUUUUAACUAAGUCGGAAAAAGACUUCAAUAGAAAGAAUGACGUGAAAAGGAACAAGGAUAUCAAAAACUGAAUGAAGAAGAUUGACACAGAUUUCAAUUACCAAACUUGAAUAAUUUACGCUCAAGUUUUCAAGAUCACUAAUCAAGGCUUAGCGCCUUAAAGGGAAAAAAAAAA